CGCAUACAUACUAUCUGUCAGAAAAGCAUAGGUGAGAGAGGCGUACACUGCAAUUAUCGCUCUCAACAAAUUCCAGAGAGAGAGAGAGAGAGAGAGAGAGAGAAGACAUCCUGGGACCGUUUCCUCCUUCAAAUUGAAUCCAAAAAUUAGGGUUUUGCUCAAUUGAUUUCGCUUCAGAUCUAACCACAAUCCCUGUUCCUAUUCAACAGAGAUCAUCGUGACCACAAUCUGCUCGGGCUGAAGUUAAUCGAAUUAUCUGCAUUGGACUUGUUGCAAUCGAAGUGGAUUGAAUUGCGGUAGCGUUGGAUUUCAAUGCGUUUGGUUCGAAUUUCGAAAUUGACUUUUUGAUUCCUAGUUGCCGUAGAUCUUGAAAAUUGGCUCCUCAACGCCGAUCACAGCGCCACAUGGGUGGUCAGAUGCAACAGAGCAAUGCUGCGGCAACUGCUCUGUAUGAUCACCCUGGCGGCAGUGGAGGACCUGGAAACGAUGCCGGUGAUGCUGUCAUGGCUCGAUGGCUCCAGUCCGCUGGCUUGCAGCAUCUGGCCUCACCCUUGGCUUCCAAUGGAAUCGACCAUCGUCUCCUACCUAACGUUAUCUUGCAGGGUUAUGGAGCGCAGUCGGUUGAAGAAAAGCAGAGGCUUUUCAAGUUAAUGAGAAACCUCAAUUUUAAUGGAGAAUCAGGUUCUGAGCCCUACACUCCGACCGUCCAAAGUUCUGGCGGGAUGGGAGAAGGGUUUUACUCCCCUGAAUUCAGGGGAGAUUUUGGAGCGGGGCUUUUGGACCUUCAUGCUAUGGAUGAUACAGAGCUUCUAUCUGAGCAUGUCAUCUCAGAACCCUUUGAGAUAUCACCUUUCAUGCCUGCUGUCACAGAAGCAUUUGACAGUGACUUCAAUGUGAUGACCAGCAGGCUGGAAAGGGGGCAAGCAGAUACCGAUGCAUCAUUUGGACUACCUAGUGAGAAGGAGAACAGUACGAGGGAAAACAAUGUGGCUAAGAUAAAAGUUGUGGUCCGGAAAAGGCCAUUAAACAAGAAGGAGAUCUCUCGGAAGGAGGAGGACAUUGUGACUGUGUACGACAAUGCUUUAACUGUCCACGAACCCAAGCUAAAGGUGGACCUGACUGCUUAUGUGGAGAAGCAUGAGUUCUGUUUCGAUGCUGUACUAGAUGAAAAUGUAACCAAUGAUGAGGUAUAUCAUGAAACUGUUGAGCCAAUUAUACCCAUUAUCUUCCAGCGAACAAAAGCAACCUGUUUUGCAUAUGGCCAGACAGGAAGCGGUAAGACGUUUACGAUGCAACCAUUACCUCUCAGAGCUGCAGAAGAUCUUGUCAGACUAUUGCACCAUCCGACUUACCGCAACCAGAGAUUCAAAUUGUGGCUUAGUUUUUUUGAGAUAUAUGGAGGAAAGCUCUUUGAUCUUCUCAGCGAUAGAAAGAAACUUUGUAUGAGAGAAGAUGGGCGUCAACAAGUUUGCAUUGUUGGACUGCAAGAAUUUGAAGUCUCAGAUGUACAGAUUGUUAAAGAAUAUAUUGAGAGGGGAAAUGCAGCAAGAAGCACAGGCUCUACUGGUGCUAAUGAAGAAUCUUCAAGGUCACAUGCUAUAUUGCAGCUGGUUGUUAAGAAGCACAGUGAGAUUAAGGAGUCCAGGCGGAACAAUGAUGGAAAUGAGGCGAAGGUUGGAAAAGUUGUGGGGAAGAUUUCUUUCAUUGAUCUUGCUGGAAGUGAAAGAGGAGCUGACACAACUGAUAAUGACCGACAAACACGGAUUGAGGGAGCUGAAAUUAACAAGAGUCUUUUGGCUCUUAAGGAGUGUAUCCGUGCUCUCGACAAUGACCAGAUUCAUAUUCCAUUCCGUGGAAGCAAGCUUACUGAAGUGCUUCGCGACUCCUUUGUUGGAAACUCAAGGACUGUUAUGAUCUCUUGUAUUUCUCCAAAUGCGGGCUCAUGUGAACAUACUCUCAACACACUGAGAUAUGCCGACAGGGUUAAAAGUCUGUCGAAGAGCAGUAAUACAAAAAAGGAUCAAGUUGCAAGCUCGUUACCACCCUCUAACAAGGAAUCUAUAUCAGCAUCAUCUUUUCCUGUUUCUGCUGAUGUGGAGGAUGAUUAUGACCAGUUUCAAGAGGUUAAAGUAGUUGACACUGGUAGAAGGGUUGCAGAAAAGGAGUACGAGUCCAACAAACAGACCUCAUCUAACUAUGCCUUCAAUAGUCGCGAGGAUAGCGGGGUGACAUCUGGCCCUGUAGAAAGGGAGAGGGUUGAUAAACCAAAUCUUGGUUUUUCGACCGGUCAAAAGACGCAGACCAGCCCUGCAGAAAGGGAGAGGGUUGAUAAACCAAAUUUUGGUUUUUUGACCAGUCAAAAGACGCAGACCUCAUCAUAUUUGCAAAACUCAAUCGAUGCUGAAGAAAAAGUCCAGAAGGUGUCCCCUCCUCGACGGAAAGUUAGAGAUGAAAAAAAUGAAAAGCUGGGGAAUUGGUUGAAAAAUGAUAGCGUUGGAUCUGAUCUUUCUACGACAGGUUACAAGCAGCAAAACAUGAGUAACAUCGCGAGUAAGAGUCUAGGAACCAGACAAUAUGAACCCGAGCCUCCUAGUUUAGAUGGGAAUAUCAACGAAAUACUUGAGGAAGAGGAGGCCCUAAUUGCUGCUCAUAGAAAAGAAAUCGAAGACACUAUGGAGAUCGUUCGUGAAGAAAUGAAACUGUUGGCGGAAGUGGAUCAACCAGGUAGUCGCAUCGACAAUUACGUAUCUCAGCUGAGUUUUGUGUUGUCACGCAAAGCAGCAAGCCUUGUCAGCCUUCAAGCUCGCCUUGCCAGGUUCCAGCACCGGCUCAAAGAACAGGAGAUACUCAGUCGCAAGAGAGUACCUCGUUGAUGCUCCAGAAACGUUUAUUUCGAAUCUGCUGCUCGUGCUUUGUUUUCUUCUGAAUCUUUUGUCUAAUCUAUGAUUCCCUCUGGAGGAGUUGAAUUGGUGACAGAGGUCAUCGGGAGAGGAAACUAAGGAAGCAGAGCCCAACUACUGCUUCUGAGGCAUGCAUGCGGCUCACAUCAAGGCUAGAAGCAACUAUGGUGGGGAUUCAUGGCUUUUGUUGCUGAUGGGUGUAUAAAAAACAGAGGUAUUAUUUCAAGGUUUGUUCGUAUUGGGUUUGUGGGUUUCGGCUGUUUGAUGGGGUACUGGUGGCUCUGUUGAAUUAUAAAGACAUUCUUUCCAGAAAAAGGAAAACAAAAGUGAAACAAACAUUGUUAAUUCUGUGACAUAAUGUCAUGUGUAUGUAUAUUUUGAAUACUGCAGUUGUUUCUA